CACUCACCUGCCCAUGCAUUGUGACCCCCUCCAGAUCCCUCGAUCUCUUCCUGCUUCUCUUCUACUUGCCCGACUAUUGCAGCUGUCUCCGCAAUCUGAAAGCUUUUGUUUAUUGAUUGCCAGAGACACCAGUAAGCAAACGCCUAUCUUGGGAAUCCUCAAUCUAUGGCUAUUGCCAGCUCCGCCCUCAAAGAGCGGUAACUCUCGGACACCGCUUUCAUACGCCUCCAGCCUGCCCCCCUCACCAUGGAGCUCGUGCAAAAAGAACAUGAGAGGCUCGUAAAGAAGACCAAGGCCGCUCAAGGCCUCAAGUCAGUACAAAACUCGAUAGAUCUACUGCAAAACGCGCGGGACGCCAUUGCUGCAGAUCCGAGUCAAGCAUCAAUCAUCCUCGCCAAGCUACAGAAUCCGGUCAAAGCCUCCUUCGAUUCCAUCAAUGACAAUCUCAAAGAAACCCAUAGCGGUCUCAACAAAUACUCCAAGUCCUUGGAUAAGCUCUUCAAAGACAGACCCCUCCCGAGCACCGAACAUGACCUCCUCUCCUCCCAGGAACACCUCAUCAACCGGGCCAUCGCGAUGCAUCUGCUGAGGGAGGGGCAGUUCUCGGUGGCGGCCACCUUCCUCUCCGAGAUGGCGGAAAAGAAGGCUGCGGAGAAAAAGCAAGCCAACACGGCGAACGCCUCUGAGAAUGCCGCAUCCAUCCUCGACAUCGACGAGGUUCCAUCCGGCGAGGUGCGCAAACAGUUCGCCACGAUGUACUACAUCCUCCACGAGAUGAAAGAGAACAACAACCUGCUCCCCGCCAUACAAUGGGCCCGGGACAAUGACGAGGCGCUGGCGGCGCGGGGGAGCAAUCUCGAGUUCGAGCUCUGCCGGCUGCAGUUUGUCUGGCUCUUCCACGGGGCCCACGAGCAGCAGGGUCCCACCCCUGCCGGACGACAGGCGGCUCUGGAAUACGCCCGCCGCGAGUUCCACGGCUUCCUGCCCCGAUACCUGCGCGAGGUGCAGCAGCUCAUCGGCGCGAUGGCCUUCAGCCCCAACCUGCAGGAUUCGCCCUACCGGAGCAUCUUCAACAACCCCUCGGCCUGGUCCGACGUAGCACACUCGUUCACGCGCGAGUUCUGCUCGCUGCUCGGCCUCUCCGCGGACUCGCCCCUAUACAUCGCCGCCACCGCCGGCGCAAUCGCCCUCCCAACGCUAUUGAAACUCCAGACCAUCAUGAAAGCCAAACGCACCGAGUGGACCACCGAGAACGAGCUUCCCGUCGAAAUCCCCCUCCCGCCAUCCUACCUCUUCCACUCCAUCUUCGUCUGUCCCGUCUCCAAGGAACAGACCACCGACGAGAACCCACCCAUGAUGAUGCCCUGCGGGCACGUCAUUGCCGAGGAAUCCCUCAAACGAUUGUGCAAGGGCAGCCGGUUCAAAUGCCCCUACUGCCCCAGCGAGAGCCACCCCCGCGAGGCCAGAAAGGUUUUCCUUUAGGUCGUUUUCUUACCCUUUUUGCGUCAUCGUCAAAGCAAGGCUACAAGUAAGUACAUACACUACCUCCUCCUCCUUACCAUGUAAUCAGCGGGCGUCCAGGGUCAGAACUCAGUACGUACAUUGUUUUUUGUUUAUAUGUCUUUCUAUUAAUCUUUCCUUUUCUUGUUUGCGGCGUUAUCGGGACUUGGGUCGGGCUGGAUAUUCGGGGUUUUUCUUUUACAGAAGCGUA